AUGAAAUUCUCCGCUACCCUCGCUGCCCUGACAGCCACAUCUGUCUCCGCACACACCAUCUUCCAGGAGGUGUCUGUCGACGGCGCCUCUCAAGGCCUACUCUUCGGAGUCCGAGCCCCUGAUUCCAACAACCCGGUGCAGGAUGUCCUGAGCGCAGACAUCACCUGUAACACCGGCCUCCAUAGCCCAGUCUCUAGCGAUGUUAUCACCAUCCCCGCUGGAGCAAAGGUCGGCACCUUCUGGCAGCAUCUCAUCGGCGGGCCACAGGGCUCAAAUGACCCUGAUAACCCCAUUGCUUCUAGUCACCACGGACCUGCGCAGGUGUAUCUCGCAAAGGUGAGCGAUGCUUCUUCUGCCGACCCUAAAGGUCUCUCGUGGACCAAGGUCGCGCUCGAGGGCCUCAACAACGGUGUCUGGGGAGUAGACACCAUGGUCUCCGGAGGGGGGUGGUGGUACUUCACCCUCCCCAGCUGCAUUGCCCCUGGUGACUACCUCAUGCGUGCUGAGCUUAUCGCCCUCCACUCCGCCUACAGCGCCGGCGGCGCGCAGUUCUACAUGUCCUGCGCAAACAUCCGCGUCACUGGCAGCGGAUCCACAGCGCUCUCUGGCGGCGUCAGCCUUCCAGGCGCCUACUCAUCUGGAGACCCUGGAAUUACUAUCAACAUCUACGGCUCGUCUGGCAACCCAGACAACGACGGCAAGCCUUAUGUCGCACCCGGCCCUGAUGUCUUCACUUGCUAG